UUUCAUGUCUUUUCCCGUUGUUUUAUAUUUUUUCUUGAAUAUCAUUCCAUUCUCCAACAAAUGAGCAUUUCGUCUCUUUUCUUCUUUAUCUUUUUUUUUAAUACCUGCUAUUUUUUUUUUCCUUAUCUUCCAUCCUCCUCUUCAAUCAUUUCUGUUUAAUACAUUCCUUUCGUAAACCAAAUGUUCUUUGUUCUUUUUAACACCAUCACCGAAGUUUCUCUGAGUUGAGCAUGUCUACAAGAUUCAAAGGGCUUUAUCAGAAGAGCUUCAAGUGUUUCUCCGACGAUUUCGAUGAGGAGGAGGAUGAGAUGGAAAUAGGAUAUCCUACAGAUGUUCGACAUGUGUCGCAUAUCGGUUGGGACAGUUCACCGAGUAGUGCACCCAGUUGGCUACAUGAAUUCAAGACGAGCAACGUGUUAAAGCCAACUUCAUCGGGGCCGUUUCAAGAUUUAAAAUUAGCCAAGGAAGCAUUUAGAGAAGUUGAAAGCAGCAAAGAAUUGGAAAGAGAAUCAUCAAAAAAAAAUCUGAAGAAGAAGCUCUGUCCAAAAGCCUCUCUAUUGUGUGAUCCAUGGUCCCCAAGAUUCUCAAGAUCAUGCAAGGUCCUUGCUUGAUUUUUUUUUUUUUUUGGGAUAAAAAAUCUUUGCUUGAUUAUUAUUCAUUUCAAUUUUCAAUGCCGUUGUUUAUAUAUUACUAUAGAGAAUACAUCAAUGUUUAAUGUUUUCAUAAUAUGUCUUUUCAGAAGUGUGCACAAAUUAACAUUCAGAGUGACUGAUAUUGGAAUCAUUUUACCAAGUGCU